AUGGGGACACGGGUUCUGCAGGGCCUUCUCGUUCUCUUCUUCCUCCCGCUGCCGCCGCUACGCAGGGCUUCCGCUGGGAGCCUGCACAGCCCAGGCCUGUCCGAGUGCUUCCAGGUGAACGGCGCCGACUACCGCGGCCACCAGAACCGCACAGGUCCGCGCGGGGCCGGCCGCCCGUGCCUCUUCUGGGACCAGACGCAGCAGCACAGCUACAGCAGCGCCAGCGACCCCCAGGGCCGCUGGGGGCUGGGCGCGCACAACUUCUGCAGGAACCCAGACGGGGACGUGCAGCCCUGGUGCUACGUGGCCGAGACGGAGGAGGGCAUCUACUGGCGCUACUGCGACAUCCCCACGUGUCACAUGCCUGGGUACCUGGGCUGCUUCGUGGACUCGGGAGCGCCCCCGGCUCUAAGCGGCCCCAGCGGCACCUCCACGAAACUCACGGUCCAAGUGUGCCUUCGGUUCUGCCGCAUGAAGGGCUACCAGCUGGCCGGGGUGGAGGCUGGCUACGCCUGCUUCUGUGGCUCUGAAAGCGACCUGGCCCGGGGACGCCCGGCCCCAGCCACAGACUGCGACCAGAUCUGCUUUGGCCACCCGGGCCAGCUGUGUGGCGGCGACGGGCGCCUGGGCAUCUACGAAGUGUCUGUGGGCUCCUGCCAGGGGAACUGGACGGCGCCUCAGGGCGUCCUCUACUCCCCGGACUUCCCGGACGAGUACGGGCCGGACCGGAACUGCAGCUGGGCGCUGGGCCCGCCAGGUGCCGCGCUGGAGCUCACCUUCCGUCUCUUCGAGCUGGCGGACCCGCGCGACCGGCUGGAGCUGCGCGACGCCGCCUCGGGCCGCCUGCUGCGCGCCUUCGACGGCAACCGCCCGGGCCCGGCACAGACCCCCGCCGCGCCCCCCGACCGGACCAAUGCGAGCUGCAGCCCCCGGCCCGGGCCUCCGGAAGCUGCGAUGGGCGCCCGGGUCUUCUCCACGGUGACGGCCGUCUCGGUGCUGCUGCUGCUUCUCUCGCUGCUGGGACUGCUGCGCCGAAGGAGCUGUCUGCUGGCUCCUGGGAAGGGACCCCUGACGUUGGGGCCUUCCCGGGGUCCCGGGAGAAGCUGGGCCGUGUUGUACCGCCGGCCCCGAGGGGUGGCCCUGCCCUGCCCGCCCGGGGACCCCCAGGCUGAGGAUCCAGCCGCAGGCUUCCGGCCCCUGAGCGCCUCCAGCGAGAGCUCUCUGCGCUCGCUCAUCUCUGCUCUCUGA